AUGAUUUGCGGCAUCAUCCUGCCCACGACAUUCGGUGGUCAUCCGCUCCUGGUUCCUCAAGGGGGGAAAGAAACACGAGUCACUGUGGCAUUGUUAGACAUCGCUAUGCUUGCGAAUGAAUUUGGCUUGGGCCUCAGCCAACAUACCGCCAUAGCGUUCUCUCCCGAUCGUCUAUACCAUGGCCAAUGCCUCGAUCUUGUCUUCUGCGAUGGACAGAUGUUAAGAAUGGACGCGUCCUUCCGAGACGAGCGACGAGAACGAUUCGAAGCUAGACGAUUUGACCUGGAGCCAGGUGAUCCUAGCCUUGCGAAGAAUCCGCAAAGUUAG